UCUGAAGGGAAUGCCUAGUAGAUGCAGUUGCCUGUAAUAGCACAUCAGCAGCAGUGCCACUGAAGGCACAACGAGUCUGGGAUCGAACAGCUGAUUGCUGAUUGAGGGGGCUAGGAUAGCAGAAGCAAGCAAUGCUGGAGCAGGGAAGGAGCUGGGAGAGAAAAAGCAAGAGAGAGUGAAGCCUGGGAAAGCCUACAGUGACCGAAAAGGACUGAUACAGUCACUUUGGGAUGAAUAAAAUAAGUAGAUGAGUUUCAAAGCUCAGUGGCAGUUUACCAAGGCAGGGUGAAAAAGGAAUUGUGCAAGUUCUUUAUUUUUAAAAAAGUAUACCCUUAUUUUUAGUCCUGCAGGACUUAUCUUUGUAUUGUGUUGGACAGCUGCUCUAACAGCACAGAAUCUGUGAAACAGCUAACAGUGCAGAAAGACACCUAGAGAACAGAAUUUGGAAGCGUUUGCAUUGUGUGUGUUUGGAUACUGGUUUUAGAUUGAGACUCUCCACUAAGCAAUAGCAGCAGCAACAAAAAACAACAGAAGCAGCAUACAAAAAAUAUUCAUUGUGGAUUGUUGUUUUUCUGUCUUUUAAUACUGAGACAUGGUAGAGAGUGAAACUGAGAACUGUGCAGCCACGCAAGACCAUGGAGAAGUCAAGUAGUGAGGACUCGUCGAUUCGUCGUAGCCCGUCUGUGGAUAGCCGGGACAGUGACUUUGCUAGAGCUUCCACCUCGGGCAGGGAGUUCGGAGGCCGUGGCUUUACAGCUGGUGCUUUUUACGGCUCAACCGGCUCCCGCGCGCAAAGUCACACUGGUGCCGCCACCGCAGGGGCAAAGAGAAAUAAAUACAGUGCGCCCAAAGGCAGCAAGUACCUGGUCUUUUACCUGGAUCUAUCCUUUGUGUUCCUUUUAGAAUUCAAGAAGUGCAACAUGGCAAGGGGUUGUCUCUGCUGUUUGAAAUACAUGAUGUUCCUCUUCAACCUAAUUUUCUGGUUGUGUGGCUGUGGACUCCUAGGGGUAGGAAUAUGGCUGUCGGUGUCACAGGGCAGCUUUGCCACCUUUUCACCCACUUUCCCAUCUCUCUCUGCCGCCAACUUGGUGAUUGCCAUCGGCUCCAUCGUCAUGGUGACCGGCUUCCUCGGAUGCCUGGGUGCCAUCAAGGAAAACAAGUGCCUCCUUUUGAGUUUUUUCAUUGUCUUGCUGAUUAUUCUACUGGCAGAGCUGAUAUUACUCAUUCUGUUCUUUGUUUAUAUGGACAAGGUAGGUGAGAACGCUAAGAAGGACUUAAAAGAGGGACUUGCACUCUAUAACACCGAGAACAAUGUUGGGCUCAAAAAUGCAUGGAACAUUAUUCAGGCCGAGUGGAAAUGCUGCGGGGUGACUGGCUAUGCUGACUGGUACGAGGCGCUGAAGGAGACAGCGGUUCCAGACCGCUGCUGUCAGGAGCAUUACCAGGACUGUGGGCGCAAUUCCACCAACCUGUUCUGGCAAAGGGGUUGUUAUGAAAAAGUUGAAGAGUGGCUGGAUGAUAGCAAACAUGUCCUCGGCACCAUUGGGAUGUGCAUCUUGGUAAUACAGAUUCUGGGCAUGGCCUUUUCCAUGACUCUCUUCCAACAGAUCCACAGAACUGGUAAAAAGUAUGACGCCUAGCACCGCUCCACGCACACACACCCAAGAAGCAUCCACCCUUAUCUGCCAUAAACUCUUGAGAAGAACCAAGUUUAACACCCCACCCCCCAAGACCCACCUCUGCACCACAACCAGUCCUAACCAGGCACCAAACAAUCCCCAGACUGCACAGACGUUGACUUGAUUUCUCUUGUUUUAUUUGCAUUUGCUGUUUAUUUGCCAAAGAAUGGAAAUGAGAUGGGAAAACACAGAGAAAGAGCAUUGGCUUGAGAAGCGAGCGUGGCACCGCGUGGCUGCCAUUCUCUUUGUUGUUCUUUUGUCUCACUAACAAUUUCCAGGAAAUACAAAACAGAAAACUGUACUUGCAUUGCUUUGCUAAUACAUUUCAAACUGUAUCUGCACUGCUUUACUAAUACAUUUCUGAACUGCAGUAGAAAGGGAAAGCCAGCCUGUAAAAAGAACACUGUAAGGCUCCUGAAGUUUCUGGACUAUUUUGUUAGAAGACUGUUGGAGACCCAACCCCCCCCCCCCCCCCCCCCCCCCCCGUAAACAUCCACAGAGUAAUAAUGGGCCACUUAGAGUGUGUUUACCUACAGUUUUAUUUUCUGCUUGAUGGGUAACUUUGUAUUUUACAGAGGUAGAUUUUUUUGGAUAUAAUCCUCAGUAUUUUCUUUUCUUUUUUUUAAAGCAGUUCUAUAUAUAAAAUAUACCAAUGUGUGUAUUUGUUUUAUUUGUUUUUUCACAUUGCAAGUCACAGUCCCGGUGAGUACAGAAAGGAAGAGCAGCAGGUCAGCUGGUACCCCACAUGUCUGGUUUUUAGGAGCAUGUCUCAACCUGGCUCUGCAAUGAGAAGAGCUCACUUUUGAGAGAGUUCAUUCUGCAUAAUAUUGAGGAAACCUUUACAAUGGCUCAUCUGUGUAACAUUUCUCUGGAUGUAUGUUUGUAUGAUUCCUCUUCAUUAGGCCUUUUCCAUUAACGGGAGAAACCAUAACUUCUAAUCCUCUCUCCUUGCCACACUGCAAUGCAAGCACAGUGUUUUAAUCUACAUUAUAGAGCUAUGACCUCCUCUAAACACUAACCCAUUUUGAGUUAGCUAGUCAAAGAUGAAGUACAUUUUAUAUUACCCUUGUGACUAUAUAUGACAUUAUAUAGGUCCCAUCCAUGUUUGUGUAUUGAAUUUCAUUAAUUGUCUGACCUUCAAGUUUUUAUCUGAUACAAAAUAUAAAUGACUACAUAAUGGCAGAAUGAAGAAAUUGUGACCCCUCUCCCCCUCCUGGGUUGAUAAACCUUGGCAUUGCAAUGCCUUCCGUGUGGAUUUGGCAGUCAAGCCACAUUAAAAGCCAUUGGGUAGAGAAAAGAAGAGCUGAAAUCCAGCAGGUCCAGCAAGAUUGCCAGUCAGUGUUGUAAAGCCAAGCUGUAUUUUGCACACUUUGGCUUUUCAGAGUUUCAUUGGUCUUCUUUAAGUUUUAUUUUAUUUUUUUUCCGGGCCUUUCUGUAAAACAAAUACCACAACACUUGUGCACAUUUCCACAGACAUUCCUGCUAGAAAUCUUGAACAUAUACCUCUAGUUUGAAUGCUGCUUUUAUUUCUAGACCCCCUUCUGGUUCAGUCACAGAAGGAGGUUGUUUUCUUACUUUUUGCUGCUUCGAGAGGAAAGGAACGAAAUAAAGAGAAACACUACACAAAAUGCAACAAGUAGUCCUGCUUCUGUAUCCCAUAACCGUUUGGAAGCAUCUUAAGACAGUUUGGCAUGAAUUUGUAAUUGCAAUGACCCUUGCAGAAAUGUUUAGAAUACUCUGUUGGUGUAUCACCUGUGUAGUACCCAAAGGCAACCCUAGCAGAACCUAAAGCAGACCACAAUGUUACCAGCAGCACAGUGGAUACCAGUGGAAUAACAACAUUAGAGUAUGGUACUCUAAUUGACUACCAGCUUGUUAUGGUUAAUGCCAUUUUGAUACACGGUGGUACCAUUCUAUCAAUGGUCCAUACUAUUGGUACCAUUUCUGCUUGCAUUGCCAAUCAAAAUCAGACCACAGCUUCAUUCUCAGGCAGUUCAGAAAAUGUACUGCCUGUUCACCCCGUAUCUACUUUUCUUGCAUUUUGUGUAUGUGGUCAGAAGUUGUGUUUGAAAAUUGGUUGGUUGUUUACUUUCAGAAUUAGGGAAUUGGGACCAGAAGUGUCUUUAGUUCAAGGGGUCAUCCAUAGAAAGCAAAGUUUAAAGAAAAAACAAGAACUCUGGAUGAUGAAAAGACGAACUCUGACACUAAGCAUGUUUUGCUGCUACAAGGAAAGUAAAUGGAAAGUCUGUAAAACUAAAGUUUUAAGAAGGACAGAGUUGAAAACAAAGGUGUUCAGACAGAUACUGUAUUGAAAGCCUGUGGUAGAUGUUUUACACCCUUUAGGCUAAUCUUGCUGGGAUCCAUAAUGUCCAUGGAUACAAAAAAUAAAAAUGAGUAGGAGUUCAUACAUGUCCCUUCUUUAAAAACACUGUGGUACUUUGUGGCAGUAGAGACAGAACUCUUCUGUGGUUGGCCUUUUGCGCAACUGUGGCAUACAAGCUGGCACCUGCCUAUGACCUCUGUGUUGAUUUAAAUGUAGUUGUAUCUUCAAUAACCAAAAGAUUGAGUUCUCGACUGCAUCACCACUUGGUGCAAAACAGAUCUCCCAGUUUGAGCAGACACUUUGUAAUCGAGUGGCAGCUGCAGAUUGCAAGCAACAGUGAAAGUCAAAGCUAACCAGUCCUGAUGUUCAGGUAGACUUUAUAAUCAUCUCAUUAUGAAGUGUGCUGCUUCAUGCACAGAUUCUAAAUGGCAUAUUCAGCUUUCGACUUGCAAAAGAGGUAGCAUUUUUCACUUAACAACAUAUUAUAUUCUACUUUCUUUGGCUUUUGGUAAUCAUCGCAAGAUUUUAUAGCAUGCAGGGUUUUUAAAGGAAAAGAAAAACAUAACAGAAUAUUAUAGUAUUUUACAAGUGCUAACUGUUUUGCAAAUAGCAUUUGAAUAGAAUAUUUAGCAAUACAAAUAUUGUGUGUGUGUAUAUAUGUGUGUGUGUGUGUGUGUAUAUAGAUAUAUAUAUAUAUAUACACACACACACACACAUACAUACACACACACACACACACACGUGAUUAUGACCUAAUUUAGAUAAGGUAAGUCUUUUAUGUGUACUUUGCACAGACUUUUUUUUUUUCUAAACCUGAGUUUGGAUGCACUAAACUGGUACAUUAUUUGUAAAUCCAAGGUUUGAAAUGAAUAUGCCAGAAGUAAAUGAAGAAGGCAUAUUAGCUUAGCGUUUCAAAUGAUGUCAAGCAGCCUUAAUUAUCUACUAAAAUAUCAAGCUUUAAGUAAACAGCUCCUUCCUUGCAUACCAAUUUUAAACCUUGGAUGUUUUACCAGAUAUUUUAGUUAUGGGUGGAUACAUGUAAUAAUGAAUCUAUUGUAAACUAUAUGUUUUAGGUUUCCAAAUACCCACUGUCGUCCAUAGGAUUAUGUUAAUGGUCGGUUCGGAGUGCAUUUUAUUUACAUUGUGCUUCAGUCUAGCACAGCUAUUACAGGAUCAGAUCUGAUUCUAGCCAUCAUUUCAAACAGGUGCUGUUAAUCCUUAUAUAUUUCUACCAAAUUGUUCCUACUUUAUUGUUAAACCAAAAAUAAGUGUGUACAUGCAUUUGUAUAUGCUUUGAAAAAUCUAUAUUUGUAAUUCAAUUUCAUCUUUUUCCAUAUACUAUAGUAUAGUAUACUAAACCAUGGCAAUAUUAAACAACUAGCUUGGAUACAUAUUUCCACACUGAUGAAAGUUUGUAGUCUGUUCUCCUUUUUCAGAACUCUUACAAACCUGAGAGACGUUUACAGGUAUGACUGGAAAGAAAGGGAAUAUGCUUUUAAAAUAACUUCAUCCAGAUUUAGAUGGAUUUUCUCAUACGUGCUUUAAAAUAAAUAAAUGAUAUUAUCACCAAAGACAAAUGUAUAAGAAAGAGAUUUUACUGAUAUGCUUUUUAUUAUUAUUAUUAUUAUUGAACCAGCAACAAAAUGUGUUCAGGCUGAUCUUUUUUCCACCAUACCUCAACAUAAAAUAUAAUCAUGAUUGGGAUAAAAAAUGAAGAUGGAUGCAUACAUUUGUAUAUGCAGGUAUUCUUAAAUGUAUCUAACCACCCAUUUUCUUUUUAAAAUUGUGUUUAAAAACAUGUUGCCAGAUCAGAUUUGGCAAGUACAGCUUUUUAUUACAGACUUAACGAAAGAAAGCAGUAUUAUUUGUAUUUGUGUUAUCUUGCAUAUUGUUUUGUAGAUGAAAUGCACUCUGAACUUCUCUGUAAUAGGUGGUGCAAUAAGUAUUUUUAAAGAAAAGUGUAGUCAUAAAAAACCCAGUAUACAUUCAUGCCUUUUGAGUAAAGUUUUUUCUUUUUUUUUUUUUUUUAGAAAAUGAAUGCUUUUUGUUACUGAUAUUGACUUCAUUUUAAAUAAAACUAUAUAUUGAAUUGUAUUUAAUCAUGCAUAACCAGCAAUGACAUUUCAAUUUGUGACUGUGCAACUUGGAGCUUGGGCUCUCUGACAUAGGACAGCAGAUAACAUGGUUACUGUAUUAAAAAAAAAAAAAAAAAACACCAGCGAAUGGCAGUCCAACAUGCUGUUCAAUUUUUUAUUUAAGAGUGCAUCCACAGAGGAUUACAUUCUUACAGUGUGAAAAAUAAGAGAGAGAGAGAGCUUUCUACUGAAAUUAGAAAAGAAAUAUAUCACGUCAUUAAGUUUGCUUAGUAUUUUUACCAUUUGAAAUACACGCAGGAAUAUUUUUGUACCAACUGAUACAUGGCUUAGAUAAACUUGGAACUGUGUUGUGUGUUAGAUAAUAGAGUUUAAUGUGCCAUUCCAUCCAGGUUUUGUUCACACCAGUGUUCCUUCUAUGCAAAAUACCUACUUUAGCCUUUGUACAGAUUAUUUUGUAUUAGUAUUAUGUACUGAAAUAAAGUGAAUAGAAACAA